UCCUAUCGCGGCAUCGCCGGACCUCUCUCAGGUGUCUUUCCCGGGCAGCUGCACGGCGGAACGGAGAAAUGAGAAAGGGGCAGCAUGGCGGACAGGGAGAAGAGGAAAGCUACCCCGCCGUCUGGCCGCAACAUCCAGGUGAAGUCCCCGGCCAGUUUCAGGUUGACCCAUGACAUCAGCCUUGAUGAAUUUGAGGACGACGACCUCUCCGAAAUCACAGAGAUCACAGAUGAGUGUGGGAUGAGCCUCAAUUGCAAUGGCCCAGAUAUAAAGAGCCGUGUGAGACGAGGAACCAAUAGCAUGUCGGGGAAGGCGGAGCUAGGAGCAGUCGGCCAGCUUCAGGCAGAGAUGCUGCAUUUGGACCUCAUCGAUGGUGCUGACGGUUACCGCGGUGACAAAGAAUCCUCGAAGGCGUCUGCAAUUUCAACUCCGCCAGUCACCAAGGACCCUGCAGCACCUGUUACCAUGGAUACUUACCGGCCCAAGAGACCCACGACCCUUAACCUCUUCCCAAUCGUGCCACGCACACAGGACACGUUAAACAACAACUCCCUUGGUAAGAAGUACAGUUGGCAGGAGAAGGUUUCAGGCUCAUCCUCGCCCCUUAAAACAGGUGACCUCACCCCUCCACGUGAGCACAGCUGUCUAAGCGACGAGGACAAGGUGCACGGUGGGGGAGCGCAGACCAAAGACCGCGGGACCUCCACCGACGCCCCCUGCAGACACAGUCACACCUCGGGACACUCGCACAGCUCAUCUGCAGGGGCUGGGACACGGUCCAAGAUUCAGGAGAAGCCACCGGCACCACCACCACCACAGAACUAUACACCAGCUCCUCUAUAUCCUUCAGGGAAAGCGGAUGGCAGUGGGUCCCACAGGGAGAGGAUUAGAUACCACACGGAUGUUCAUAUAGAGCCAACAGAGGAGAUCUAUCUGACUCCUGUGCAACGUUCCGCAGAUCCCCUGGAACCCCCCACCGUCCAGGACCGGCCUUUCCUCUCACAGCAGACUGAGCAGGGACGCAUGUCCAUUAGCUCUGACACAGAGGGACCACCUCCUUAUCAGCCCCUCCCGGACCGGACCAACCCCUCCAUCUAUGAGGAAGACGAGAUCUAUGUCCCCCCACCGUCAUACGCUUCCUGUGUAGAGUCCCUCAUCACGCCACCUAGCAUGGCUGUGUCAGCUCACUCCUCCCAUGCACUGGACCUCAGCCUAAAGGGGACAAGUACAGGAGCUAGGGCAAUGCUCAGGGCUGGGUCAUCAGUUGAGUACGUUGAUGCCACAGAUGAAAGCUACUGUGGGGACGACGAGGAUGUGGACAGGUUAAUAAUGGAUGCAAAGAUGAGAAAGGGAGGGGUAAAGGGAGCCGCCCCACCGAGGACUUCCAUGAGCUCAGAGGCCAGCGGCCUGACAUAUGACUCAGUUAAAUAUACAUUGGUGGUGGAUGAAAAUGCUCAGCUGGAGUUAGUCAGUCUCCGGCAGUGUUACCAAGGCUAUAGCGAUGACAGCGACUCGGCCACUGUCUAUGACAACUGUGUCUCGUCUCCAUACGAGUCAGCCAUCGGAGAGGAGUAUGAGGAAGAGGAAGAGGAGCAUGACCCUUGUAUAGGAGGAGUGCGUCGAGAGGCCACAGCGUGCCUAUCUGAGGAUUCUACUCCAGAGGCGGACCUCCACUUCUCCAAGAAGUUCCUCAAUGUCUUCAUGAAUGGGCGCUCUCGCUCCUCCAGUGCAGAAUCCUUUGGUUUAUAUUCCUGUAUCAUAAAUGGUGAGGAGAAGGAUCAGAGCCACCGAGCAGUCUAUAGGUUUGUCCCUCGGCACGAAGAUGAGUUGGAGCUAGAGGUGGAUGACCCGCUGUUGGUGGAGGUCCAGGCAGAGGAUUACUGGUAUGAGGGCUACAAUAUGCGAACUGGUGCUCGUGGGGUCUUCCCGGCCUACUACGCUGUAGAGGUGACCAAGGACACGGAGAACUACAAAGUAAAGAGCAAUGAAUGGAUUGACAGAUACCGCCUAAAGUUUCUGGGGUCAGUUCAAGUACCCUAUCACAAAGGAAACGAUGUUUUGUGUGCAGCUAUGCAGAAGAUUGCUACUAACCGAAGGAUGACAGUCAAGUAUAACCCACCUUCCUCAUGCAUCCUGGAGAUCAGUGUGAAGGGCAUCAAGCUUUCAGUUCAAGAGGAUUACUAUGCUUGUGACAGAAGUAACGAGUGCAGUCACUUCUUCCAGUUAAAGAACGUCUCCUUUUGUGGCUAUCACCCAAAAAACAGCAAGUAUUUUGGUUUCAUUACGAAGCACCCAGCAGACCAGAGAUUUGCCUGCCAUGUAUUUGUGUCUGAAAAUUCUACCAAACCUCUUGCAGAGUCAGUAGGGAAAGCCUUCCAGCUGUACUAUAAAGAGUUUGUGGAGUUCUCAUGCCCUACAGAGGACAUCUACCUGGAAUAGCCUUGCCUUUAACCACAACCCUGUAAAGUACGCUGUAUCAUAACAUAAUGUUGCAUGAAGGACAGAUAUACAUUGGUAAAACAAAAACAAAAAAAGAGAAAAAUUAAACAUUAACACAUCUGACAAACGAACAGGUAUAGAAGGCCCAAGUUUCAGACCUGUGGUGAAAACCUUGUGCAGCAACCAGAGAUGAAAAUGAGCCAAAGGAGGGGUUUCCUGGCAAAUGAAAAUAUGCAAAAUGGCAUCAGUGAUGAGGCAAAAAUGGAAAGCACAAAUAUUUUAACUCAUCAGUUUCUGCAAUGCUUGUUAGCCUGUAGCAUCAUGUCAGCAGAGGCAAAGCUGAAGGCCCAGGAGACAGUCUGGACCACUUUGUACGCUGGAAAAAAGAAAGAAAAAGCAGAAUUUAUGACUUGGAAGUGAACAAACAAGUGAUGUUGGUUCAUUUUGUCUUGAAAUACUGUAACCAGGGUGUGAGCACAAGAGAGGUGUUUAUUUACUAAAGACGUAACAACCUCACAAUGAAAAAGGAGUACUAAACUAAAUAAAACCCAUGUAGGAACAAUUAAUUUUAUCCUUUUAUCACACCUAAUAUGAAGGCGUAUCCACAUUUAUUUAAAAAAAAACAAAGAGAGAGAAAUCUCAUUGAAAAUCAGAUGCAGUGAUGUGCUCUGCAUUUUGGGGGUUCUUGCCACAUUUUUACUGCUUUUUGUUAAACCCGGACACAGAUCUGUACUGCAUAUUCAAGGUACAGUAAGCACAGUGUGAAUACACAAGAGUAGAAUAGGUUUGCUUUUCCAUUAAGCAGUUGGAGCUAACUAGUAAAGGAACAGCUGAGUAUCUAAAGUUAAUUUCAAAUAGUUUUAGUUGAAUAAAAUUAAAAGAUGGUUUCAGCUUCUCACUUUUCAGUCAGACAGGCAGAAGGUAAACUUUGCCGAUUGAUUUAUAUACUUUACAUGCUAAUGCUCAAUUAAAGUAGACUUUAAACUACUUUUCUCUUGCAUGUGUGUGGCUCAGUAUUUGGAGAUUCACACUUGUGGAGUUUUACUGGUGGAUAGUGUGCAAUUGGGCUUUCCAAAUGUUGGUCGGCUUUUUCACGAGCCUUUGUAGUUUUAACUUUACAACACAUGUAUAAGACUAUGAACACAUCAAAUAAUUAACACUUUACUCUCUUUGAAAUGUUCUUUUCAUGACUGAAUGGUUUCUGUUAUUUUUCAGGCCUUAACCUAUAGAACAAAAUGGCUGAGGUGGCAUUAGAAGUUAAUGAGAAAUAACCUCUCCCUCUCUCUCGCUCAUACACAUACAUAUAUAUAUAUACACACAUAUAUGUGAAAGAGAAAGAGACUUAGGUGUCAAAAACCAUCGUUAAGUUUACAGGGGACAUUGACAAAUGUCAUCUCUAGGGGAGAAAGCAUUACAGGUCUCAGCUUUUUGCUGAAGUUCUGUUGAGAAAUGAAGUGAAAAGAGACAAUUUGUCUCUCUCACUAACUACUGCUGGAAAACUACAGAGGUGUAUUUGUAUAACUGCUGCUGCUUGAUUUUUUUAAUUUAAUAUUGCCAGUCUGCUUAAAUUAUCAUCCAUACUGACACUUGGGUUUUUCUUCUAGAUGAUGUGCUAGUUGUAUUUUUUUACUAAUGGCCCCAGCCCCUUUUGUACUUUUUUUCAUAGUUGAAAAACAGCAAAGUGUUGAUGCUACAUUGAAUAGUUCUUUGUGACAAAGGCAGAAUAAAGAACUCCUUAAAUGUACUGAGCAUUGUCUAUGCAGAGAAUGUUUAGAGGUACACAAGUGUGUACUUUAAGCAAACAUCUAUUGGUGCUAUCGUGCACAGCUCUGUCCAUAUGUUCAGUAAAGCCUUAGUAAUUCCUUGUCUAAUGUCAGACAUGCAAUGCUUCUUUACUGUGUGCUCUAAUUAGGUGUGAAAUUAGUGAUAAAGAUGUUUAACAGAGAAAAAACCCCAUCUGAGUUCGGCUGUUUACUCCUUCAUACGACAUUUUUCUGCAACUAGAAUAUAACACAUUCUCAGACUUGUAGAGACAAGAAAAUGAUGCUUGGUGCAGUAGGUACAGGUGCUAACGAGGGAGCAAAAACAAAACUGGUGUCUUCAGAUCUUCACUAGCAGUGCCUCUUUUUCAUGAGAUCAUUGUUACUUUUUUGAGUCAACAUUAUUAAAAUCUUUUAAGGGUUUUCCAUUGAGUGUGUGUUGACUUUAAGGUGAUGAAUGCAAAUUGAGUUGUUUUGCUGUGAUUUGCUCUUCAUUCCACUGCACUACACAUUAUUUGCUGUACAUGUGCUGGUAAUAUUCAGUUUUUCCUCUAUACAUCCUCGUUCUACCAUUUGUUGCCAUCAGAGAGACCAGUAGAGAAGCUCCUCCAGCUCCUCUAGGGUUACACUUUCUGCAAACCUUCAUUUCUGCAGGCCAUCCUCAAACAGCAAACUCAAAACAGCUCCUUUCAGUGCAAAGUUGCAGCUCUAUCCUUUGCGCCACUGUCCCGGUGAAGAUUGAGGUGUGAGACAAAUAACUGGGCUCCUAACUCUGUGCCUGGCAGAGCCAGGAUGGCCUUUAGUGCAAACACACUGCUAACACCCAUAUCAGUGAUCAUCUUCUUUCUGCUCAUUGCCAUAGAUGAUUGUAGAAACAUGGAUUGAACUGUAGGUUAACAAUUUUGUGACACUCAGCUCACUGGUCACAGCAACAGUGUUUGUAGUUUCUGUUUCAAAAUUCCUUUCAGAUCAUACAGAGUGAAUAUUUUACCCAAAAGAUUUCAAAUACACCUUCUCAUUAUUUCUCUUAUAUCCCCAGGAGUGUACAUAAUACUUGGGAAAUUAUGAAUUUUAUUAUUAGAGAAGGAGCUGUGUUUAAUUAGCUUAUGCCUGAGAUUUCACAAGUUGGGCUUGAUUGAGAACUUAGUCACAAUGAAAAGAAACAAAAAUUUGACCCAAGUGUUAUGGAAGUCUAUUAAUGUCCUGUUUGUGAACAUGUGAAACCAGUGAAAACGCAUACAGUGGAUAAUUACUGAGACUUGAUGUUGUAAAAUGUGCCAUAAUGGUUAAUAAGCAAUAAUGAUUUUUGAGCUGUUACACCAAUUAUUUGGAGGAGCUUUAUAGACAUUUUAGUAACCCAGAUUGUUCAUGGUAAUCUGAAUUAUUGAAAUGAACAUUAAGUUACACCAUUUUUUGUGAUAAUGAGAUUUUUUUUAUUUAUCAGCACACGUACAGCACAGUUGUUUUGCAGUUAAAAACAAAGUAUUCUUUCUACAUCAAUUGUCACUAACACCGGUUUGUAACUAAAUAUUUUAUGUGGUCAAUAUUUAUCAGACAAUUAAAUAAAUGUAAAAGCAAGAUUCACUAAUGAAGGAUAUUGAAAAUGUUAUAUUCAGCAGUUGUCUCACCAGUUGUCAGUUUUUCAUUGUCAAAAACAGAAAAAAAAAUCAUUUUGAAGAAAACAAGUUGUCUGCUGUUGUUGAAAGCCAUUGUGUUUGUAUCAGGAGAGAUCAACACUCGCUUUUCUAUGAAUUCCCCUCUUAAGAGCCGAUCAGACUGACAGGAGAACGUGGACUGCAGCAGGGGCUAUACAAAGAGUGUACAGACAUGGGUGUAUAAAUAAAGAAUUUAAUUUCUGUAAUUAUAAAUAUGACAUUGUAUUGAUUCAACAUGUAGUUUGUGAAAUUUCUCUUUAUUUUGGACUUUUCUCUUUCAGCUGUGAAUUAUUCUGGAUUUAAAAGAUUUACUGCAGAUCUCAUGGUGUGCUGUCAU